GAGAGUUUCUUCUGACCAGCCUUCCUCUCUCGCCGUUAUCGAACAUGAAAUUUUUUGAACCCACAAUUCUCUACACAUCAUGGACUCUCUCGAAACCUCGUUGGAUGAUCAAAUCAACGGCGAAGAUUCAACCGUAAAUGUUUACGAACUGUCUGAUGAUCUUCGCGCAUUGGAGAUAAGAAAUGAAUCUCUUCUCGCCGAGGUCGAAGCUCUUCGCGAAUCGAAUCAGAUUCUUCACUCAAAAUUGACGGAGAAAGAGGAAAGUUUGAUUGUACUCCAACAGCAAAAAGAUGAAGCUCUGAAGCACAAUAUUGAUAUUUCAAAGGAUAUAGAAUUGGUCUCGAGCCAAAGAGACUCUCUUCGCGAUGAGCUUCAUGAACUUGAGGUCUCUUCGAGGGAGCGUGAAGGGGAGCUAUUGAGAGAGAAAGAAGGAAUUAGGAGUGAGCUUGAAGUUUCCACGGAGAGAAUUAACGAGUUAUUGGAGGAGAAAAAUGAAAAUAUUAGGGUUUUUUCUGAGAACUUCGAGGUCGUAAAAUCAGUCAGGGAGUGUUUGGUUGGGGUAAUUGAGAAGCUGGAUGAAGAAAAAGUAGGAAAGGACAGCAAAGAAAAUGAAGAAUUGAGAGAUGAAUUGGAAUUAAAUGAUGAAUUUGGGGCUUUCUUGGUGGAACUAAAGGGGAUUUCGAAGCUAGUGAGUGCGGUUGAGUUGAAGUUGAGUGAGUAUCAGGAGACGUGGAAGAAGGAGAAAAGGGAAUUGGAUAAUAGUGUGGUGAGUUUAACGGAGGAGAAUCGAGACAUCAAUAGUUUGCUUAGGAUUGCUUUGGUGGAAAAAGAGGCGGUGGAGAAGAGUUUGAAUAAACUUAAAGGGAACAAUGAACAGAAGAAAGUGGCGAUUUUGCAGAUUGCGGAAAGAGGGUUGCAGAGAGUUGGAUUUGGAUUCAUGAUGGGGGCUGGAGCUAAUGAACCGUCAUCGGAUAAUUCGGUUGAUGAUAUGGGUGGUAAACCAGAUGGAAGCGAAUGUGAAGAGGAGGUUGUUAGUCUGGCCUCAACAGUGGAGCGGAUAAUGAAGAACCUGCGACUUGAAAUUACCCAAUUGAGAAGGUCUUUGGAGGAGACUAGGUACUAUCAACUGCAUUGAUUGCAUUUUUUGCUCUCAUGAUUGUACGUGCACGUGAAUAUAUUUGGCGCAUUAUAAUUUGUGAUAGUGUAGGUGAAAGACUCAAGGAUAUACACAAUUGGAACUGAGAAAGGAGUAAGAGAGAUAAAGUUGGAAAUUGUCUCUUCACCUUUCUUUCCUAUUUUCUAGUGAAAUAAUUUUUUGAGUAGGUACAUUGGACCUUGAAGGUCACAGUAAUCCAGGUAUUUAACAGGAUCGUAACAAGUUUGCCAACAGUAAGACUUGAACAAUAUUUGUCUUAUUGGUUAGACAAAACUCAUGUGGCCAUAGUAAAUGUGCAGUAUUGGAAGCCUUCCUUAUUGUAUCAAGAAUCUAUAGGGAUCCUUUUCCUAUCUUGUGUGAUCUUCCUCAAUUGAAUUGACGAUAUUAG